GUGUGGCAAUGCGGAGGAAGUGUUGAGGUUCUACCUUGCUCCAGGAUUGCCCACAUUGAAAGAGCACAUAAACCCUACACAGAAGAUCUAACUGCUCAUGUCCGGAGAAAUGCACUAAGGGUGGCUGAAGUCUGGAUGGAUGAAUUUAAGAGCCACGUCUAUAUGGCCUGGAAUAUACCCCAGGAGGACUCUGGAAUUGAUAUUGGUGAUAUUUCUGAGAGAAAGGCGUUGAGGAAGAAGCUCCAGUGCAAGACGUUUAGAUGGUAUCUUGUCAGCGUGUAUCCAGAAAUGAGAAUGUAUUCAGAUACUGUUGCCUAUGGGGUGCUGCAGAAUUCCCUGAAAAGUGAUUUGUGCCUUGAUCAAGGGCCAGACACGGAGAAUAUCCCAAUCAUGUAUAUCUGCCAUGGAAUGACACCACAGAAUGUUUAUUACACAAGCAAUCAGCAGCUCCACGUGGGUGUUCUGAGUCCCACUAUCGACGAUGACGACAACAGGUGCCUGGUGGAUGUGAACAGCAGGCCCAGGCUCAUUGAAUGCAAUUAUGCCAAAGCGAAGAGAAUGAAGCUUUACUGGCAGUUUACUCAGGUAAUUCUUACUCAGCAGCCACUUCAUAAAAUUCAAAAGCUCUAUUUCUUUAUCCGAAGUAUGAGUAAUGUGUUUGCUAACAGAACAGAACCAUAUUUUUUCUUUCUUUCUUUGCAUGGAGCCGGGAAGCUGUUUACAAUUGAUUCCAACGUCAGCUACCUCAGGAGGUUAUAA